AUUCUACAGAAUGCAGUGGGCAAAGGUGCUGGGGCUGGGGGUGGGGGCCGCGGCCCUCUUGGGGCUGGGGAUCAUCCUGGGCCACUUUGCCAUCCCCAAAAAAGCAGACCCCAGCACCUCAGCCCCCCAGGACCUGGACCUGGAGGUCCUUGAGACCGUCCUGGGCCAACUGGACGCCGGCAGGAUCCGGGAGAACCUUAGAGAACUCUCCAGGGAGCCCCACCUGGCCUCCAGCCCCCGGGAUGCGGCCCUGGUGCAGCUGCUGCUGCAGCGAUGGAGGGACUCCGUGUCGGGCCUGGACUCAGCUGAGGCCAUCGAGAAUGAGGUGCUGCUGUCCUUCCCCAGCCAGGAGCAGCCCAACCACGUGGAUGUCGUGAGCCCCUCUGGGACCAUCCUCUACUCCUGUCUCCAGAACGAGGAGAACCUGACCGGGGAGCAAGGGGGGCCGGACGUGGUGCCACCCUACGCCGCCUACGCACCCCCCGGAACCCCGCAGGGCCCCCUCGUCUAUGCCAACCGGGGCACAGAAGAAGACUUUGAGGAGCUACAGACCCAGGGCAUCAAACUCGAAGGCACCAUCGCUCUGACUCGCUAUGGGGGUGCAGGGCGUGGGGCCAAGGCGGUGAACGCUGCCAAGCAUGGGGUGGCCGGGGUGCUGGUGUACACCGACCCAGCUGACAUCAACGACGGGCUGAGCUCACCCGGCGAGACCUUUCCCAACUCCUGGUACCUGCCCCCCUCGGGGGUGGAACGAGGCUCCUACUAUGAGUAUUUUGGAGACCCCCUGACUCCCUACCUGCCAGCCAGACCCUCCUCCUUCCGCCUGGACCUUGCCAACGUCUCUGGAUUUCCCCCGAUUCCUACACAGCCCAUUGGCUUCCGGGAUGCCAAAGUCCUGCUCUGUAACCUCAAUGGAAACGUGGCCCUGUCUGCCUGGCAGGGAGCGCUUGGCUGUGACUACCGGUUGGGGCCUGGCUUCCGGCCCAAUGGCCAAUUCCCUGCAGACAGCCAGGUAAACGUGAGUGUCCACAAUCGCCUAGAGCUGAAGAACUCCUCCAACGUCCUGGGUGUCAUCCGUGGGGCCGUGGAACCUGACCGCUACGUGCUAUACGGAAACCACCGGGACAGCUGGGUGCACGGGGCCGUGGACCCCAGCAGUGGCACGGCUGUCCUCCUGGAACUCUCCCGUGUCCUGGGGACCCUGCUGAAGAAGGGUACCUGGCGCCCUCGCAGAUCAAUCGUGUUUGCGAGCUGGGGGGCGGAGGAGUUUGGGCUCAUUGGCUCCACGGAGUUCACGGAGGAGUUCUUCAGCAAGCUGCAGGCGCGCACGGUGGCCUACAUCAACGUGGACAUCUCGGUGUUUGCCAACGCUACCCUUAGGGUGCAGGGGACGCCCCCUGUCCAGAGUGUUGUCUUCUCUGCAGCCAAAGAGAUCCGCUCACCAGGCUCUGGCGACAUCAGUAUCUACAACAACUGGAUCAAGUACUUCAAUCGCAGCAGCCCGGUGUAUGGCCUGGUCCCCAGCCUGGGCUCCCUGGGCGCCGGCAGCGACUACGCACCCUUCAUUCACUUCCUGGGCAUCUCCUCCAUGGACAUCGCCUACACCUAUGACCGGAGCAAGACAUCAGCCCGGAUCUACCCCACCUAUCACACAGCCUUCGACACCUUUGAUUACGUGGACAAGUUUGUGGACCCUGGCUUUGGCAGCCACCAGGCCGUGGCCCAGACAGCGGGGAGCGUGCUUCUCCGGCUCAGUGACAGCUUCUUCCUGCCCCUCAAUGUCAGUGACUACAGCGAGACCCUCCGCAGCUUCCUGCAGGCUGCCCAGCAGGACCUUGGGGACCUCCUAGAACAGCACAGCAUCAGCCUGGGGCCUCUGGCGAUGGCAGUGGAGAAGUUUGAGACAGCGGCCACAGCCUUGGACCAACACAUAUCCACACUGCAGAAGGGCAGCCAUGAUCCCCUGAAGGUCCGGAUGCUCAAUGACCAGCUGAUGCUCUUGGAACGAACUUUCCUGAACCCGAGAGCCUUCCCGGAGGAACGCUACUACAGCCAUGUGCUCUGGGCACCCCGCAUGGGCUCAGUGGCCACGUUCCCGGGCCUGGCCAAUGCCUGCUCCAGGGCGAACGAUGUGGGCGCCGGAUCGGAAGCUUGGGCCGAGGUGCAGAGGCAGCUCAGCAUUGUGGUGGCGGCCCUGGAGGGUGCAGCAGCCACCCUGAUGCCUGUGCCUGACCUCUGACCCCAGGCCCCUUCUUACCCUAACCCUCUCCCACCCUUUGCCCUGGGGUGUGUCCCAGUCUUCCUUCCCUGGUGCCAGGAGGGAGUACAACCAUGAGACCCUCUCAGGCUUCUCAGGCAACAGCUUGGCUUCCCAGGGGAAGCGGCAAAUCCCAAUGGAAACCCCUCUCAUCCUGACACUUGGUUGGCAGAGGGUGGACAGCAGGAGGCGGGGAUGGUGGGGGAAAUGGCAAAACCGCCACUGCUCUUGGUGGGCGGGGAGGAUGGCAUGCGUAAUGUCAACCACAG